GGAGGCCUCCCCCGGCCCCUAGCCCGGGCCAGAGGGGUCGGUGUUGUACCCCAGCCGGGUGUGUCUCCUCCCUGCCGUGCGCGAUGGGAGGGACGGCUGCUGGGGCUGCUCCACGCCUGGCGACGGCGGCUCCGGCCCGGCUCCCCUUCAGCGCGGAGGCGCCAGAGCUGGCGCUGUCACAUGAUGCGGUUCCUGGAAAGUUCCUGGAAAGCAGCCUGUGCAGUCACCAGCUCGGAGAGGCGGGGGGCGCCCUGGGCUAAAUACGUGCCCGCGUCUCCGUGCUGCCGGGGGGUGGCCCGCUGUCCCGGCGGCUCGAGCCCGCUCCCCUAGCAGAGGCCUGGGCGGUGCGGGCGAGAGGGGCUCCCCGUCUGCCUCCCGCUUCCGCGCGCGGCUCGCCCAGCGAACAAGAGCAACCUGCUCGGCCCCCACGGGCAGGGCUCCGGGGGCCGGCCCCCACCUGGCUUCUCCUUGUCUCCAAGUCCCCCGCCCGGCUACUGACCCAGGGACGCUGGUGAGGCGAAGGCUGCGGCGGGCAAGGAGCUGGGGCCAUGUCCGAGCGGCGCUGAGAACCGGGCGCCGCGGGGCUGGAGCGGAGCCCCCCGUCCUUCCCGGGCUGUGACCGGCGGGUGACUUCUGCCUCCCCCCAAAUGACCCUGCGCUCUUCCGAGUCCUCGGAUGGCGCGGAGCGGGCCGGGACCGAGUGGCGGGGUCCCGGGGCUGAGGUGACCGAGAGGGCGGCGGCGGAGCGCCUGGUCGCGGCCAUGGAGGAGCUGAGGCGGGCAGGGUGGUACUGGGGCAGUAUGAAUGUUGCUGAAGCCAAAGAGAGAUUACAAGAUACUCCUGAAGGUACUUUCUUGGUUAGAGACAGCUCCCAUUCAGAGUAUCUACUGACUAUCUCCGUAAAAACAUCAGCUGGACCAACCAAUCUGCGUAUCGAGUAUCAAGACGGCAAAUUCAGACUGGACUCCAUCAUAUGUGUCAGAUCUCGGCUUAAACAAUUUGAUAGUGUGGUCCAUCUGAUUGAAUACUACGUUCUUACAUGCAAGGAUAGAAAAACUGGGCCUGAAACUUCAUCAAAUGGAAUAGUGCAUCUUUAUUUGAACAAACCUCUCUAUACUUCAAUUCCAUCUCUGCAACAUCACUGUAGAAUAACUAUAAACAAAUGUACAAAUAAGAUCUUGGAACUGCCUUUACCAACAAGAUUAAAAGAGUACUUGAAAGAGUAUCAAUACCAGCUGAAACCUUUUCCGUCGGUGCAUCUUCCACACCGGGACAGAGACUUUCCCAGAUUAGAAGGUGGAAAAAGAUGACUUGGGAAGACAUGUUUAAUGAGUUAAGGUGCACCUCCAAAAGUGACAAGAUAGAGCUCAGAGCAUGGAGGAUUACACUGUCCAAGAACCUGGACAUGGAGAGGGAGAACAGGAGAGUAUGCAGGGAACAAGACCGUGCCACACAGGAAGAGAUGCUGUGGAUUAUAAAGGAACAGAUAUGUUGAGGCAUCUAGUUGAGGUUCAAGAAAGGCAGCUGGAUGCUAGAGUCCCUCUGCAGCCUAUGCUGAGCCUGCUGCUAUAAUCGCCCAGUUCUACAUCCUCCUCCCUAAAACAUCCUAUGAGGUGGGGGAGUUCGGUAUCCCUUUCACUCCACACCAGGAGAGGGUACAAGGACCAGAAGGUGCCCAUUCCCACACCUUUGAUUGUUACUGCAGUGCAUCUGUAAACCAGCUUUCCUUGUUUCUCCCCCCACAGUGUUAACCUGGGCCAAAAGGGCUGAUAUUUUACUUUUCUUUGCUGUCUCUGGGUGUUUGUGUACAUAAUAAAACUCAACAGAU